UCUCUCUCUCUCCAACAACAGCAUUGCCUGUGUUGUGUAAAAUUGACAACUUUUCUUAUUUAAUUUUUGCAGAAUUUUAUAUUUCUCAAGUUAACCCACUUCAUCGCCGAUCAUGACUGACUGAUUCGCUUAACGCAUUUCCAAAAAAAUCUCAACUUUUUUUUUCUUGAUCUUGUGGAUUCAGAACCAGAGGAAGAAGACAGACUGUGAGUUUUCGGCGACGGAGAGAUAGAGAGAGUGAGAGCUCGCGGAAAACCCGAACUCUCGCGGUUCGGCAGCUCCGCGUCGGUUGGUCGAGUCCUUUUGGAGCUUUCGCGUUGCUUCUCGAGAGAAGACACGGCGGAGGACGACGGCGGCGGCGAAGGCGGUCGACGAGCCAUGGACAUUGGUUGUCCCACGAAUGUCCGCCACGUGGCUCACGUGACCUUCGAUCGCUUCAAUGGCUUCCUGGGUCUUCCUUCCGAGUUCGAGCCCGAUGUGCCCAGAAAAGCUCCCAGUGCAAGUGCAACGGUUUUCGGGGUUUCAACAGAGUCGAUGCAGCUAUCAUACGACUCAAGAGGGAACUGUGUUCCUGUGAUACUCUUGCUAUUGCAAAGCCGGCUUUAUGAUCAAGGAGGCUUGCAGGAAGAAGGAAUAUUCAGAAUCACAGCAGAGAAUGGCGAGGAAGAGCACGUGAGAGAGCAGCUAAACAAAGGAGUCAUACCCGAUGGGAUCGACGUCCACUGUCUGGCCGGACUUAUAAAGGCUUGGUUCAGAGAACUGCCGAGAGGGGUACUGGAUCCUCUGCCAUCUGAACAAGUGAUGCAGUGCGAAUCCGAGGAGGAUUUCGUCAAGGCCGUGAGGCUCUUACCUCAAACAGAAGCUUCUCUCCUCAACUGGGUGAUCAAUCUCAUGGCCGAUGUCGCCGAGUGUGAACAUCUCAACAAGAUGAACUCCCGCAACAUCGCUCUAGUCUUUGCACCCAACAUGUCCCGGAUGGCAGAUCCUUUAACGGCAUUGAUGUACGCGGUUCAAGUGAUGAACUUGCUCAAGACCCUCGUAGAGAGAUCGCUACGAGAGAGGGAAAUGGCGUCUUCCCGGCUCGAUGAGGACGACGACAGCGAUCAAGAAGAUGAAGAAGAGUGACGAGAAGAUGCCAAUCCAUUCGAGGACGACGACGAAGAAGAAGAGCACGACGACGGAGACUAUGACAAAGAAAACAGAGGUUGAAAGAGCGAGUAAGGGAGAUGGUUUACGAUCAAAGGAGGGAGUGAAAAAACAAGGAUUGAAGGGAGAUGAUUUUAUUUAGUAUUCGAGUUUUCUGCGUGAUUUUUUUCAUUUUCUUGAUAAUGGUAAUGCAUUUCUUGAAAUUUCUCGAGUUCAAUGA